AUGCGGAUCGCAACGCUGCAGUUCUCGCCUGCCCUGGGCGAUCUCGAGGGGAAUAUCUCCCGGGCGAACGCGUUGCUGGAGCGUGAUCGGGGGAAGCUCGAGAGGCUUGAUGUGCUGGUUCUGCCGGAGCUGGCGUUUACAGGAUACAACUUUCCAUCAAAGGAGGCUAUACGGCCGUAUCUGGAGGGGGAGGGCCAGGGCCGGACGGCGGAGUGGGCCAAGGAAACGGCCAGGCGGUUGGGAUGUAAAGUGUGCGUGGGCUAUGCGGAGAUUGCAGACGGCGAGGGGGACGGGAACAGGGAGCGAUGCUACAAUUCGCUGCUGGUGGUGGACGAAGAGGGCCGGGUGGUGUGGAAUUAUCGCAAGGCGUUUCUCUACUACACGGACGAGACGUGGGCGUGCGAAGGCGAGGUGGUCGCGCGGGGGUCGCAUGUCUUGGACUUUCGGGCUCGGGGGGGAGGACCAGAAGAGACGAAGCAGAUCACUACGGCUUUCGGGAUCUGCAUGGAUAUCAACCCGUACAAGUUCGAGGCCCCCUUCACUGCCUGGGAGUUUGCCAAUCGCGUCCUGGCAGCCCAGGCCCCGCUGGUGAUCCUUUCCAUGGCAUGGCUGACGCUGGCGAGCCGCGAGGAGCUCGACGCACUCGCCGGUCAGCCGGAGAUGGACACCUUCCAGUACUGGCUGCGACGAUUCUGGCCGCUGGUCGAGCAGCGUAUGGCUCACGCGGAGAGUAUUGUCGAUCACCGCGACGACGCCGGCGCUGAAGAUCGCCCGUCCAAGAGCGUGGUGCUGGUCUUUGCAAACAGGGCAGGCGAGGAGCCUGCAGCGGCAGCCGACAAGCCUCCGGCGCGAUACGCAGGCACAAGCACCGUUGUGGCCAUUACGCAACCCAACCCAACACGGUCACAAGGGACAACCGGCGCGGCAGUGGCGCCAGGCGAUGUGAAAAUCCUCUGCUGGGACCUGAUGGGGGCGACAGAGGAGGGCGUCUGUUUUGCCGACACGGCGGCGGAGCCUCGCAUGGUGUUUGGCUUGAGUGGAUAA